ACAGCUACAGCAACAACUACGGGUCCAAAAUUAUCAACAUGGCGGGAAGGGAAGACGCUGCAAAAUAUUAUCUUAAUCAACACCGAAUACCUGAACUAUUACAAAACAUUACGUCAGCUCUUGUAUAUGACAGACCCGUUGACCCAAAGCAAUAUAUGAUUGACUUUCUGAGGAGGCUUCAAGAUUCAAAAGCUACACAGAUGGAUUAUCCGAAUAUCUUUGAUGAGUCAAACAUUAUAUCUCUAUUUGGAAUACAAGAUCCUUCUUCACAAGGGUACAUUUCAUAUGAAAAAUACAAGACAGCAAUGGAAAAUCUUGGAAUAGCAAAUUUCAACAGAAAUCCGACCGGUGCAGACGUUGAUAAAAUUUCACUCGACGUAUUUGUGAAUGAAGCGAAACAGGGCCUGUCAGGUGCAUCGGCUACAUUUGCAGUGUGAAGACAAUUUUGCUUAUGUAAAUAUUCUUUACUUUUGUUGUUCCAUGCUUGUACAUCCGAUGUAUUAUAUGCUUUUUAUUCUAGUAAA